GGUCAGGUCCGAGGUGAGUGGACUGAGGAGACGCAAACAAGAGGAGUUAUUCCUGCUGCACAGAAGCGGGUCUGAAUCACAGGACGGCUCUGCCCACAGACUUCAAUGGCGGCGGCCGCGCUGAGGGACCCACUUCAGGGCAGUGUGACCUUUGAAGAUGUGGUUGUGUACUUCUCCUGGGAGGAAUGGGGUCUCCUUGAUGAGACUCAGAGAUGCCUGUACCAUGAUGUGAUGCUGGAGAACUUUGCACUUGUGACCUCACUGGGUUGUUGGUAUGGAAUGGAGGACGAGGAAGCAUUUUCUGUGCAGAAGGUUUCUGUGGAACAAAUUUCACCAGGCAAGAGUCUACAUCCAGACCCAUCCAUUCAGAAGACUCAGCCCUGUGAGAAAUGUGUGGCCAGGAGAGGUAUCUGGUGCCUGGCUGAGUACCAAGAAUCACAUCCUGGGCAGGAGUCACACACCUGUGAGGCAUGUGGACAGCAGUUCUGGGCCAGUCCAAACCUUCACCAGCACCAGAAGCACAAUGCAGAGAGGCCAUUCAAAAGGGACGUGGACAGGGCCUCCUUUGUGACGAGCUGCAAAUUCCGUGUUUCAGGGAAGCCCUUCACCUGUGAGGAAGUUGGGAAAGACUUCCUGGCGGUAUUGAAUCUUCUCCAACAUCAGGCCACCCUCAAAGGGGCACCACCACACAGCAGCUUCAAGCACGAGGAAUCCUUUCACAGUGGAAAAAGUCAUUUCAAGGACGGUGAAUAUAGGGAUCUCUGCAGUUAUGAAUACACACUUUUUCAGCAUCAGCAAAUUCACACUAGAGAGAGUUAUUACAACUGUGAUGACUGUGAGAAACCCUUUAACCAAAGCUCCAUUCUAAUUAAUUGCCAGAGAGCUGACCUAGAAGCAAAGUCUUAUGAGUGCAAUGAAUGUGGGAAAUCCUUUAACCAAAGCUAUAAACUCAUUCAACACCACAGAAUUCACACUGGAGCAAGGCCUUACAAGUGCGUUGAAUGUGGAAAAGCCUUCACCUACAAACUGAGACUUGUGCAGCACCUUCAAGUCCACAACAAAGUGAGGCCUUAUGAGUGUGGUGAAUGUGGGAAAGCCUUUAGCUACAGCUCCACUCUCAUUAAACACCAGAGGGUUCACACUGGAGCCAGGCCUUAUAAGUGUGGUGAGUGUGGGAAUUCCUUUAGCCAGAGCUCCAACCUCAUUCAGCACCAGAAGAUUCACAGUGGGGCAAGGCCUUACAAAUGCAGUGAAUGUGGAAAAUCCUUCAGCUAUAAAUGCAAACUUGUGCAGCAUCUGCGAAUUCACACUGGAGAAAGGCCUUAUGAGUGCAGUGAAUGCGGGAAAUCCUUUAGCCACAGCUCCACUCUCAAUCAACACCAGAGAAUUCACACAGGAGCCAGACCUUAUAAAUGUGAUGAGUGUGAGAAAUCCUUCAGCCAGAAGUCCAACCUAAUUCAGCACCGCAGAGUUCACACAGGAGAAAAGCCUUAUGAGUGUGGGGAGUGUGGGAAAUCCUUCAGUCAAAGCUCCCACAUCAUUCAACACAGAAAACUUCACACCAGAUGACCUCAUGACUGCACCUACAGGGAACAGGAGUUCCUUUGUGAGGGAACUAUCUGGAGUUGAACCUGUACACCUGCACAUCCCCUGUGGGAGGCUUUCAGGAGCCUGUCUGCAUAUUCUACUGCUGGUUCCCUUGUCUGAAUUGCGUCCUUUUCAGCUUGGCAGAAGCCUCACCUCUACCACUUGGCAGGUUCUAGGUUCCAACAGUGUGUCAGGCACCCAGUGCAGUCAGGGAGAGCAGGUGUGUCUGUUCUCUGUCCUGCUUCUCUCCAGGACAAUAUGAUUAAUUUUCAGGGGCCCCUGUUUCCCUCCCCUCUGGCUGAUGAGAUCUGGGUAAUAGCAGCGGCAGGUUUACCUUCUUCCGGUUCUGGUCUAGCUUGCAUUGCGGGCCGAGGUCCCCUGGGAGGACUGGGGGGCUUUGUAGUCCUAACUUACGGCCUGGCCUGGGAUGCCGCAGACCCAGCAGUCACCUGGAGGAGGCUGGAGUUGUCAUGACAACCUCUAUAGUGCUUCUGUGCGAAGUUAAAUCGGUUCCCUUUUCCCAAGGAUGUCACAUAAUGCUGAGCACUGUUGUAGGGAAGCUGUUCCCCUGGACCUUCAUGGCUAGAGUUCUGGUGGCACUGGUUUAUAAAACUACCUGAGGUUGAAAUCUUCACACAGAAACACUGGAGGGCACUGUGCCUCCACAGAUGGUCCAGCCACUGUGGGAUGAGCAUGUACACACCAUACCUGUGUCCCUUCUGCAGAGGGGCCACUGUCAGAGCAAAGAAAAAUAAAAACCUUAUUUUUGUAGCCUCUGGACACUCCUGCAUAGACAAGAAUAGAAGGGAGGUCCCGCCGCCCAGGGAUAUAGCUUAUGUGGCCCAGCAUGGUUCCCCCGACCCCUGAUGCAGGGCUGCCCUUCCCAAGGCAGGAGGAGGAAGAGUGGAGUCAAUUUAGGUUUUCUAAACCUCUGGUUAUGAGGGGGUGAAAAGAGGAUUUAAGAUUUCUAUUUGAGGUAUAAUUGAUCUAAAUUGUUUAUGACUAGUUUUAACAAAAGUGUAUACCUAUGAAACCACUGACCAUAUCUAUAACUCAGUUUUAGGUUCUUUGUUCCAGAAAACUGGCACUAAACAUGAAGGCUUCCCUCCCCAGGGAGGGACACAGAGCAGCAUUAAUAUGAGGACCCUUUAAAGCAAGUUGCUUCUUGCCCUCACAGCCACUAUUGAUUUAUGGAUUAAUUUUAUAGAAUUUUCUAUGAUUUAAAUCAUGAAAUGUUUACUUUUAAAAAAUUGUGCUUUUCUCCAUACUGCAUAAUCAUACUUUGUGAUUCAUAAAUGUUGCUUAUUAUGUAAAUACUUCAGUCUUUUAUAGCUGAGUAACUCGCCCGUAUGGUACCAUGGUUUUGUCUAUCCGUUUAUCUGUUAAUGGACCUUCUGCUUGUUUCCAGUUUGGGGCUACAAAUAAAGCCUUAUGAAUGCACAAGUGGAAA